CCGAGCAGAAGGUGCAGCUCGUGCUCUUCCUCGCGCUGAUGAUCCAGUUGUCCUGUGACACAGAAGCGAUGACGAGCUGCUGCACGCUGAAGCCGCACCGGUGCACGCUGUACGAGCUGCUGUGUCGCGCGAGACACCGGGGGGACGACCCCACGGACCCGGACGGGAAACUCAGCCGUCUGAGCAGCGACGCCGCCGCCGGGAUCCUCACACUCGGCAAACGGAAAGCGACCGAAACCCGGUACCAGGACCGACUGCAGCAUUUCCUGCACAGCUCGCGCAAUCAAGCAGCAGGCAUCCUUACUAUGGGCAAGAGACUGGAGCUCCAAACUGCACCGAUACACCAGAUUCAGCCUGUAAUCACAAACUCAUACAGACAAUAAUUAG